AUGGCUACCACCGGGACUAUCGGUUUGGUGCUCUUGGUUUUGUUAAUGGCGGACUUAACUCUUGCUGCUAGAUUCCUAAGGGGGUACGGAGGUGGUGGUGGGGGUGGUAGUGGUGGGGGUGGAGGUGGCGGAGAAGGUUCAAGACCUUGGUCAGGUUCGGGAUAUGGUUCGGGGUAUGGCUCUGGGUAUGGUUCGGGAUAUGGCGAUGGUGGCUAUCCUAGAUAUGGAGAUGAAGGGUAUGGGCCAUAUGGGCCAUAUGGGAGUGGUGGAGGUGGAGGGGGAGGAGGUGGUGGUGGGGGAGGAGGCGGCGGUGCAAAUGGAGCCGGGUAUGGUCACGGGUUUGGAUCGGGAAGUGGGUCAGGGUAUGGGUCUGGUGGCGGAGUAGGACGUGGCGGAGGAGGUGGUGGAGGAGGUGGCAGAGGAUAUCUUAACUAUUUUUCCGCUCAUUUCCAUUGCCAUUGCCAUGCUCUCCCUCAAUGGUAA